ACUCACUCAACCCCGAUGGAUGUGUGCUGUGCUGUGAAAACGAAACGACGAGCUGCUGCGUCACGCGCGGACCUUAUUUUCGUGACAUUCCACUGCGCAUGUAGUAGUAAGUCAUCGCAUAUUCACGCAGUUGGAAGGCAUAAAGCGUUGGGGACGUUGUAUUUUGUUGCGUUGCACGCGAAAACCAAUCAACAGACGAAAAAAUACCCGUUUGCACCUAACCACGGGUACAAAAUGGCGUUGUGAGUAACAACACACAAUCUACAGCGUGAAAUAAAGAUUUGUGUUGGUUGUAGGGUUUUACAUGCCGAAAAUGAGUUUAAUGCGAUCUCCGAAACAAUAUCGUGCCUUUAUGAACAAUCCAAACCAAAAACCACCAGCGGUCUUCCCGCAGAGCCUCAGUGGAAGCGAAACCGAUAUUUCCACAUCGAACGAGAACCUUUCCAACGAAGAAAAGUACGUUAUACGACACACAGAGCGGCAGGAACCUCAGGGAGAAGAAAAUUUACAAUCUUCAUCAAAUCGUAAUUCACUCCGUGAUAGUCUACCAUCAAAUCGAUCAUCAUUAGAUGUCUCCUCAUCAAGUUACAACACUUUGAUCAUACAUAGUAUAGGCGAUGAGUCAUGGACAGGUAGAAAUUCCGGUCCGAAGGAUGAAAGUCAAUAUUCUAAUCUCGCUGCGCUCAAAGAAUGCCCAUCACCGAGUGCACAAUCAUCAAAAGAUUCCUAUUUUGAUGCGGGGCAAUCACCAUCACACACACAGGGUGAAGCAGGUGUGCAAUUGACUGAAAUACCUGCGGAUUAUUUGAAUCAGUCGACGGUGUUGAAGCAUUUGGCGAAAGAAGUGAAGCCGGAGAUGCGAGCGCCACCCGAGUAUUCGACUUAUAUGAAAUCAAGGUUGCCUACGGUUGUGAUGCGUAAGAAGAACGUGCGGAGUGUGCCGUUGUCGAAGUCGCAGCCGGAUUUGAGGAAGCUGGAUAAGAUUGAUCGCAUGCAGAGGGAUAAUUCGGUUCCACGGCCGAAGACUAAUGGCAGGGAGGAGAGUAUUGAGAAGGAGAAUAUGUGGACGCUGGAGUUUUUGAUCAAGGAGAAUCACGAGCUGAAAAUGGAGUUGGAGAAAUGUUAUAUGCGAGUGUCAAAAUCACAAAAGUUGGAAGAAGAAGUACUAAAAAUACAUCGAUCACAUGAAGAAUUAGUACAGUCAUGUGAUAGACGUGAAAGAUUAGAAAGAGCAGCACGCGCCCGACUCCAAAGCGACUGUCAACGCCUCCAAGAGCUAAAUCGCACCUUAAAGGAUCAAAUUGGACUGUUAUCUAACGACGGAUUGCGUCGAGAAGUCAACAAACGAGAAUUAUUAAUCACCCAGCUUAUAACACAAAACAAAGAAUUUCAAGCAGCCAAAGACCGACAAGAGAUCGAACUCACCGCACAACGAGCCACACUUCAAGAACAACGCACACACAUUGAUAUUCUUGAAGCUGCAUUAACAAACGCCCAAGGAAAUGUCGUCAGACUCGAAGAAGAAAAUCGAAAGAAACAAGUGUAUGUCGAACGAGUUGUGCAACUUCAACGUGCUCUGUCAUCGCUCCAGCUUGCGAGCGAUCGACGUGAGCAAACCGAACGCCAGUUGCGUCAACAACUCGAAAACGAACUGGAACGCACCAAAAACGGCCAGGUGGAUGUCUCGAAACUCGGCUGGGAGCAUCACUCGCCAUCAUCAACGAACGCAGAAAACGCCGAGCUGAAAAAACGUCUUAGAGACCGCGAGGAAAAGAUCAUGCGCCUUGAGGGUGAAUGUUCCAAGUGGGAGCAGAGAUAUUUAGAAGAAAGUGCGCUUAGACAGGCAGCCAUCGACGCAGCAAGCAUCCCAAAAGAUGCUAAGAUAGCUGCGCUGGAGAAAACAAGUCAGGAAACCGAGAAAAUCAUCGCCGAAGCUCGAAAUGAAAAGAUUCGUCACAUGGACGAAGCGCACGCUGCGCAGAAAAAAGUCGCUGAUCUGGAAUCACGUCUAAAAGAUCUAGAAUCGAAGCUGGCUGAACGUGACGCCAUGAUUCGUGUGCUGCAGAAACAUACAUAUGAUAAAGAUGUUUCCAGCAUGUUGAGUCGCUCCCCGCAUCAUACUCCCCAUCAGAGUAUUGGUUCCUCUGAGUUGGAUCAUGUUUUGGGCACGACAAGUCGUGAUGACCUUGUGAGCAGCGUGUUGACAAGUUCGACGUCAUUCGGCUCUGGAAAUUCGUACGCUGGCAGUGAUUCAUCGUUUAUGCAGUCUUAUAAAUACGAGAGCAAAAGUUUCGACUCCACAAAGCAGACGCUUGACAAUCAGAUCAAAGAGAUUGACAAUCAGCUGGAUUCGCACAUGCUGAGCAAGCGCGCGCUUUGCUGUUUUCCAGGAUUCGCUAAUCCAGUCGCUGCGGCGCGAAAGGGCAAACUACCCAAACCACUACUGGCGGGUGUGAGCGGCACAACGCCAUCUAUCGCCGGUUGUAAUGGCGGCGCGCAGUUUGUGCAGGGCGAGAUACUCUUGCUGGAGAAGCAAGGCCGCAGCUCACAGCAACAGCGCAUGCCCGACGCGAAUAAUCACGCGAAUACAGGCGGUGUGAAUCCGAACAAUCUACCGCCGAGCAGUCUGCCACGUCCGCCACGACCGAAGACGAACAGUAGCCACAGCAGCCAAUCACAUCGCCGCUUAGGCGAAUACAAUCGCCUACCGGAGGCGGAACUGACGCCUGCGAGAAAGAAAAGCGAUGCGGGGCAGUCGCUCAGUUCACAGGCGAGUAGCCGUAACGCCAGCCCAGCGAGAUCGUUAAUCCCGCCUCCAAGGAAACUCGGAGAAUAUGGCCGACUGUCCGAAAGUGGCGCCUCUAGCGUCUCGCUGAGGAAACCAGCGGCGCGUGCGCGCAGCGGAGACAGAGACUCCGCGAGCACCUUCAGCGAUAAUUCAGCCAGCAGUUUACCGCAUCCCAGCAAGGUGCGAUUCUAUAGUGCUCCGAGGAGGAGCUCCAGUCUUGCACGCGACUCGAAAAGCAGCACGGACUCGACGUCCAGCAACAAGUUUCGCAUUCAGUUUUGAAUCUGUCACUACGUUUUUAAUCACUAUUUAUUAUUAUUCUACCUACUAACACCAAAAAUACCUUCUUCUAGUCCCUGGGUGUUUGAAAAGUGCCAAUGUGCCAAAGAAAUCGAUACUAAUCCAACGCAACGACCAAAAACACAACCGAUUAUAGUGCCUUGAUACGAUUUAAUAAAAUUAUACAACGAAA